GGGCGCUAUGUUUGGCGUUUUAAGAUGGCGGCCUCCAUGUGUGAAUGCUGAACUUCAAUGCUCAUAAUUUUUCAGUCGAUAUUUUAAUAAUAUUGAUUGAGUGGUUCCCAAAUCCUUCUUGAAUUAUGUUCGGAAGAGUAACGGCACUGGGCUGUGCCAGUGAGAUUUGUCGACAAAUAUGUCGAAAAGUGACAACAAGAAUAGUGGUUGAUAUUGCUAGUCGCGCGACCAUGAUGAAUGCAGUACAACUAGUACAAACCAUGAAGACGUGCACAAACGUGACAAAUCAUUGCUGGCAAAAUAACUCAGAAGCUUCGGGAUUACUCCUACUACGUAACCACCCUCCUUUAUGUCAAGUAAAUGUGUCUAGGCAGUUUGCAUCCAAAGCAACAUCAAAGUUUGCCAGAAGAGUAAAAAAAGAAACCUUUGACAGGUAUUUGGGUUUGGAUCCGUCCCGAUUGCAGCAUGGCUUUGAGGAAGUCACAGAACUCCAGGACGCUGAUGAGAGUGUUAAAAGAAUCUUCAGUCUGGAAUUUGCCAAAGGGAGUGAAAUAAGGAAGGUUCUAGAAGCUGACACCUUGGGGCAAGUUGGAGUUGAUCAAGCAGAAAUUGGAUUCACCAACUUCCUGGUAACAAACAUUGCCAAGUUGACGGCUGCAAUCAGAAACCUGGCCCCACACAUGGAGAGAUUCCCACGGGAUAAGAGCAACAAACGCCAAUUGAUGAUGAUGAUCGACCGCCGCCGCAAAUUCAUCAAAAUCCUCCUCAGGAGGAACUUUGACCUGGCCAACGAGCUCCUUGACAAACUCAACUUGGAAUACACCCCACCGCCCCGAUACAACCGACGGGUCACCAGACGAGCACUGGAGAAGAAGACCCUGGUGCAACAGGCCAUCCAGGAGCGGAGGAUUGCGAUGUGGGAGUUCACAGGAAAGCUGAAGGAGGAACAGUUACGGGAGAUUGCCAAACUGAAGAAAGAACUCGGGAUGGAGCUGACAGAGGACGAGAUGGGUAGACUAGGGCAGGAUGGUAUGUGAAGAGAUUACACACGUCAGACUUGUGCUUGCUUGGAAUGUUGAUUGACUUGUUAGGAUUCCCAGGAUUUGAUGGACAGUGGUGAAUCUUAUUUUCUUCCGAAUGUGCGCAAACCCAUAGCAUAUCUUCGCGUGAGCAUCAGCUGUUUUCAGGAAUGCAUUUGAAUAUUUCUCCCAGUGGUCUCCCCCAACUCUCCCUGUCUUACCGUUGAGGGGGUACUUUAUGCAUGAAACUCAUUGUAACCCAUUGUUCCGUGUCAACUUCAAUUUCAAUUUCAUUCAGUUGACAUUUAUUAAGCACUCUGCAAUAAACCAAUACAAAGUUGGAUAAUAUAAGUAUAAUACAGUGAUAUU